GAUUCUUUUCUGAGUUGUUGGAGAUUUUUAAGGCUUUGAUUCGUAACUGAAAUCUUUCUUCCUAUUGCUCGAGAGUGUUGUUGUUUGAUCGUUUUGAUUUACAGAUUUGGGUACAACUUUGGUUCUAGGAUUUGAUUGGCAGGACUCAUCAUCAAGAUCAAUGGAGAAGCAAGAUGAUAACAAGUUCACAUGGGUGAUUAAAAAUUUCGAUUCUUGGCCAUCUGGUUAUCUUCAUUCUGAUGAGUUCGUGGUUGGUGGCUGCAAAUGGCGUCUUCGGGUUUACCCCAAGGGAAAUAACAGCCUUAAUAAUAUUUCUCUGUAUCUAAAGGUUUCUGAUUAUGAAUUAUUGCCUGCUGGAUGGGGAAGACACGUCAAAUUUUCCUUUACUAUCGUAAAUCAAAUCCAACCUAAAUGCUCUUUCACGCGAGAAUUACAACACUGGCUUGAUUCCAACUGUGUCUACUGGGGUUUCCCAGCAAUGCUUCCUCUUAUCAUUCUUACGGGCUUAAAUAGUGGGUUUUUGGUGAACGGAGAGUUAAAGAUUGUUGUCAAAGUUGAUGUUCUUGAAGUUAUUGGCAAAUUAGAUGUUCCAUCUAGUCCUCUGAAGAAAACAAAGCUUAAUGACGAUGGUGAGAAAACCUUGUCAUUCAAUGGGGUUCAGGUUCUUACUUCACAGUUGGAAUACUGGAGCCGUAUAUUUGAAAAACAUCCAGACAUGGCAUUGGAGUUCCGUUCAAAGAACCCGCAUGUUAGGACAGGAUACAUGAAUGUCCUCCUCAGCAUAACCCAGACGCUAUGCCAAUCUCCUCAAGAGCUCUCCAAUGAUGAUUUGUCUGAUGCAGGCAAUGCAUUGGCAUACAUGACAGAUGCAGGGUUUAAGAUGGAUUGGUUGGAAAAGAAAUUGGAGGAGGUAAAGGAAAAGAAGACGAGAGUGGAGGCUUCUUUGGCCCGGCUGAAAGAAAAGGAGGAUUUGCUUAAGCCAUUGAAGCAGAAGUGCUUAGAACAGGAAGCUGAGAUAGAUAAGGAGAAGGCGGAGUUGUUGGCUGCUCGAGCUCCUUUCUCGUUUGAUCACUUGAGUUUUUAGCUUUUAUUUAGAGACCAUUAUAAUGCAUUGAGCUCACGCUUUUUAGACUACAAUAUCACAUUUUCCCUCGGAUAUUUUCAUUUCUUAUCAUUAAAAUAUCAGUUUAAUGUUUUACUUG